AUGCAGAAAUGGCUGCAUUCUUGGCGCAGUGUCCACGAUUGUGAGGUGUGUUUCGAGAAUAAGACCGGACGUUAUUGCGUACGCUUUUUGCCAUGUGGGCAUUCGUUUUGCAAGGAAUGCGUAACCGGGUACUUCAAGGAAAAGCUCACAGCUCAGCAGGUCUCACCGCUCACCUGCCUUGCGGAGGAUUGUGAGUCAAGCGCUUCACAAAAUGUUAUCAUUGAACUCGUUGGCCAGGUAAUGUAG